AUGAAAGAAAAUAGUUACAACACAAGUAUUCAUAGUAAUAAAGUUAAAAAUUAUGACGAUGCUGAUAGUAGUGGUGAUGUUGCAGUGGUUGGUAUUGGUUUAAGAUUUCCAAGUGGUAAUUUAAAAGAAUCGAUUUCAAAACCAAAUCAAUUAUUUAAUGAAUUAUUGAAUGGAUUGGAUGGAAUAGUUUCAACUUCUGAAAGAUGGUCUGAUAAUUAUUGUUUAAAUGGUGAAAUCGUUUCAAAGUUUGCUGGUUUACUUCCACUUGAUGAAUGGAAACAAUUUGAUCCAAUCUUCUUUGCAAUUAAUCCAAGCAAUGAUAAUGUCGGUUCAAUAGAUCCACAACAAAGAUUAUUAUUAAAAUGUGUAUGGGAAGCAUUAGAAGAUAGUGGUAUUGAUCCAAUUAGUUUACGUGGUACCAAUACAAGUACAUUUAUUGGUAGUAGUACUAUUGAUUAUAAUAAUCUUCAAAAAUCACCAUUUGAAACUCAAAAUAAUAUUUUUGGUUCCACAACUAAUUCCGUUGCAAAUAGAAUAGGUUAUUGCUUUGAUUUUAGAGGUGAAAAUUUAACAAUUGAUACAGCUUGUUCAAGUUCAUCAAAUGCAAUUAAUUGUGGAUAUAAUUCAAUUAAAUCAAAUAAAUCAAAUGUUUCAAUCGUUGGUGGUGUUAAUUUUAUAUUAGACCCACACAUUUCAAAAUCGUUCACCCAAUUAGAUAUGUUAAGUCCAACAGGUAAAUGUCAUACAUUUUCAUCGGAUGCUGAUGGUUAUGUUCGUUCAGAAGGUGUUGGUAUCGUUGUAUUAAAGAGAUUAAAAGAUGCAAUCAAAGAUUCAAAUAAUAUCUAUUGUGUAAUCAAAGGAUCAAGUUCAAAUAUCGAUGGUAACUUUGAUAAAUUAAACUUUUAUUCACCAUCAAAAUCAUCUCAGUGCGAAAAUAUCAAAUUAGCAAUCAAAUCAACCAAUGGUCAAAUCAAUGAAUCUGAUAUUGAUUAUUGUGAAACUCAUGGUACUGGUACUCCAACUGGUGAUCCAAUAGAAUUAGAAGGCAUAUCAAGAGUUUUCAAUAAUAAAGCAUCAACUACAAAAACUAAUAAUAAUAAACAAGUUUUAGUUGGAUCAGUUAAAUCAAAUAUUGGACAUACUGAAGCAUGUUCAGGAGUUGCAUCAUUAAUUAAAUGUUGUAUAAUGUUUAAAAAUAAACUAUUUCUUCAAAAUAUUAAUUUCAAAGAACCAAAUCCAUUAAUUAAUUUUAAAGAAUGGGGAUUAAAAGUUGUCACUGAACCAAUUAAAUUUAAUGAAAAUAAAUCAACUGUCAUGUUAAUUAAUAAUUUUGGUAUAACUGGUUCAAAUGUUUGUUUAAUAUUAUCUGAAUUUUGUAGUGAUCAAUUUAGAAAAAGUAAUGAUUAUCACAAAAUGGAAAUUGAUAAUAAAUUUAAUGAAAAAAAGAAAUAUUUAAUACCACUCUCAAGUAAUUCAUCAACAUCAUUAAAUAAUUAUAAAUCAUCAAUAAUUAAACAUUCAAAUUUAACACCAUUCUCAUCACCCACAAGCUUUGAAGGAUUUAUAUGUAAUCAAAUUAAAUUCAAAUCAACAUCAUUAAUUCAAAAAUCAGUUAUAAUCGCAAGUGAUUGGAAUGAAUUUCAAGAUGAAAGCAAUCAUAUUAAAUUAGAAAAUAGUGAUAAUUUAAUUUCAAAUAUUACAGUUGAAAAAAAGAAAUCACCACUCACAGUAAUGGUAUUAUGUGGUCAAGGUUCACAAUAUAAUAAAAUGGCAUUAUCAUUAUAUGAUAAUGUACCAAUAUUUAGAGAAUCUGUCAAUAGAUUCGAUAAAGAGUUAUUCAAAUAUUAUGGUUAUUCAGUUUUAGAUAAAUUAAGAUCAAUUGAUGAUAAAGAUUUAAUAUCAAUUCAUCAACCAAUUUUAGCACAACCUGCAAAUGUUAUCAUUCAAGUAUCACUCUAUGAAUUAUAUAAACAUUGGGGCGUUUCAGCAGAUAUUAUCAUUGGUCAUUCUCUUGGUGAAAUAUCAUCAGCAUAUUGUUCAGGUAUGAUUGAUUUUCAAACAUUAUGCUACUUGACUUACCAUAGAUCAGUAGCUCAAAAUAGAACCAUAGGUACAGGUAGAAUGUUAUCAGUUAAUAUUAGUUCAGAUGAAUUCAUUAAUAAAUAUCAAUCUACAACUAAAUAUAAAUCAUUAGAAAUUGCAUGUUACAAUUCACCAACAUCAAUCGUUAUCGCAGGUAAAGAAGACUUAUUAAAUGAAAUUACCAAUGAAUUCAAAUCAAAUGAUAUCUUUUGUUCAAUGUUAGGAUUAUUAUCAUCAUUUCAUACAUCAAGUCAACAAAUGAUUAAAGAUGAAGUAUGUUCAUUAAAUAUUUCAUCGAAACAACCAUCGAUAGCAGUAUUUUCAACAGUUACAACCAAUUUAUUCAAUCAUCAAACUUCACCGUUCAAUGCAGAUUAUGCAUUUAAUAAUAUUCGCCAACCAGUUCGUUUCACACAAACAAUUACAAAUCUUUACAAACAUAUCGAAUCAAAUGAUAUGGGUAAUGAAAUUACAUUCAUUGAAGUUUCACCACAUCCAACAUUACAAUAUUACUUAAAUCAAAUGAAAUCAACUCAAUCAAGUUACUUUAAUAAUGGUAAAAACAUUACAAUCUAUUCACCAUUAAAUAAAAAGAAGAAUGAUUAUAAUGAAUUCUUAAAGACAAUCUCUUUAUUAUAUGUCAAUAAUAAUUUUGAUAUUAAUUUCAAAUCACAAUUAAUUAAUAACAGUAAUAACCAUACAAACCAAUCAAAUAAUUUACCACUUUACCAAUGGGAUGAUAAAGAAUACUUUAAACUAAACCCAUCACUUGAAAAGAUUAAAAAUGAAGGUCCAUCCAUUCACAGUCUUGGUAAUAAUACAGAUUCACCAUAUCCAUCAUAUCAAACAUUUAUCGAUAUCAAGAAAUCACCAUUCCAAUGGUUAAAAGGUCAUCAAGUUAGUGAUAAAUUCUAUUAUCCAGGAAUGGGAUAUGUUCACAAUUUAUUAUCAAUUUAUCCAAAUCAAGAUAUUACAAUUAGCUCAUUAGAAUUUAAAUCACCCUUGGUAUUAACAGAAGGUAAUAGACAAUGUUUACAAACUACCAUUGCACCAUUAUCAAAGAAUGAAUUCAAUAUUAAAAGUCAUUAUAAAGAUCAAAAAACAAAUCAAUGGAUAUUAUCAUCUCUUGGUAAUUUUAGUUUAUUCAAACAUAAUAUUGAAAAUAAUGAAUCAAUUAAUAUUCAAUCAUUAAAAGAUAAAUGUAAUUUUACAACUAUAUCAAAACAAGAUUUUUAUGAAACUAUUAGAAUUAAAACAAAUUUAACAUACAAAGGUUUAUUUCAAGGUGUUAAAGAAUGUUAUAUCGGUAAUAAUUGUUCAUUAGUAAAAGUAUCAUUAAAUGAAAUUUAUAAUCAAAAAGAAUAUAAUCAUUUAAUCAACAAUAGUAAUAUGAAUACUUUUUUUAAUACAGCAAUUUUAGAUACUUGCUUACAUGGAGUAUUGGUUGCAGUUACACAACCAAUCGUACUUGAUAGAAUUGAAGCUUUCAAAUUUUACUCUUCAAAUAUUACAUCAUCGAAUAUUAGUAAUAACGAUACAAUUAAAGAAUUAUAUGUUUACUCUGAAACUAGAGCAAGAACUAAUUCUCAAACAUAUUCAGGAUCAAUUAAAAUCAUACUUCCAAAUGGUACAUUAUUAGUUGAUAUUGGAAAUGUAGUUUGCACUAUUGUUGGCUCCAAUCCUGAUAGCACAAUAAUUUGCAAACCACCAUCAAAUGAAAUUUAUACACCAUAUCUUCAAUCAAAAGAUUCAAUCAUUAAUAAACCUGAACAAUUCAAACAUUUAUAUAGAGUAGAUGAAUUUAGUGUCAAAGAAGAAGAUAAUCAAUUACUUUCAAUUGAAUUAUUAUUGUCAUUGUUUUAUAAACACAUUAAUAAUAGAUGUCCAAGUAUCAAUUUAGAAUCAUUAGCAACAUUAGAAUAUGAUCAAUUCAAACAAUUAUAUUAUAAUAGUUUAGUAAAUGAAAAUCUUUUCAAAUUCAUUUUUGAAAUUUUAAAAAAAUACCAAAACCUUCCUAAAAUUAGUAAUAAUAAUAAUAAUAAUAAUAAUAAUAAUAAUAAUAAUAAUAAUAAUAAUAAUAAUAAUAAAAAUAAUGGUUAUAAUAAUUAUGAAAAUUUAUAUAUUAGAACAACUAAAGUAAUGGCAAAACAGUUAUUCCCAUUAAAAGAUGAUGAUUCUAUUACAGAUACACCACAAUCAUUAUUUGAAAUUGGUUAUUUAAAUGAAUUUUAUAAGAAUUCAAAUGUAAUUCAACCAUCAAAUAAUUUAUUAAGUGAAAUUAUAGUUGAAACUCUAAAACCAAUUUUAAAUGAACCAAUUGUAUUUCGUAUAUUAGAAGCAGGUGGCGGUACUGGUAGUCUUAGUUUAUUAAUUUUAGAAAAGAUUUGUAAAUUAUUAAACGAUAAUAGUACAACAUCAAUCAUUAAUAUAGAAUUUACAUGGAGUGAUAUAUCUGCAUCAUUUUUCGCUGAAAUUAAAGAAAAGUUCUCAUCAUUUACAAAUCACAACAAUUUAAAUAUUAUCUAUCGUGUAUUAGAUUUAGAGAAACCAUUAUUAGAUCAAGAUCUUAAAGCAUCCUAUUAUGAUUUCGUUGUAAUGUCAAAUGUCAUGCAUGUCGUUAAGAAACUCAAACCAACAUUAAAUGAAAUUCAUAAUAUAUUAACACCAAAUGGUCAACUUUUAUAUAUAGAACCACCAUACAAAUCAUUUUAUUAUGAUUCAAUUUUCGGUUGUUUUUCACAAUGGUGGCCAUCCUCGGAUAGUGAUAUCGAAUUAAGACCUGAUAGAUGUUGUAUGAAACAAGAGAAAUGGAUUAACCUUUUAAAUCAAUGUAAUUAUAAAGAUACAAUAAUGUCUGGUAAUGAUAAUUUAGCAUUUUUAAUUCAAACUAGAAAACCAACAAUUAAUGAAAUCAUUUCAGAAGAAUCAAAAUCAUUAGAUCAAUUAAAUUCUUUCAGUAAUAUUAUUUUAUUUAGCAAUAAUAAUAAUAUUAGAAAUAAUAAUAAUAGAAAUAAAAAUGAUAGCCGCAGCAGUAUACAAAAUUUAAUAUCAUUGAAUCAAGAAUUAAGACACAAAAUCGUUAAUAUUAAUAAUUAUAAUGAAUUUCAAUCAUGGAUCACAAAUAAUCAAAAUAAAGAUGAUUGUAAUAAAACAUUAAUAAUAUUUUUAAAAUCAAUUGAAUCAACAAUGAAUACUUUUAAUUUCAAAGAAAUCACAUUUGAAUACAUUCAAAUUAAUCAAUUAAUAUUAAAAUUAGAAUUAUCAAAUAAUUUCAAACAUUUAUUAUUAUCAUUAAAUUCAAGCACUGAUAAUUAUUUAUCAUCAUCAAUUAUUGGUUCUGCUCGUUAUUUCCACGUUGAAUUCCCACAAUUAGAUUUAUUAACUUUAAAUUAUGAUAAUGUUUCAAUUGAAAAUAAUCAACAAUUAUCAUUAAUCAAUUACUUAAUCAAUUCAGAUAAUAAUAUUCAAAUAGAAUUUACAAUUAAUAAUAAUAAAGUAUACUAUGAAAGAUAUUUUAAAAGAUCAAAUAAUAUUAAAUCAAAACUUCAAUCUGAAUCAUUUGAAACCAAUAAAGAUAAUUUAUAUAUUCAAUUAAAUUCAAAUUUAGAAUACCAAUUAUAUAGUAAAAAAGAUGAAUUAAAUUCAAAUGAAGUAGAGAUAGAAAUUAAAGCAACUGGUAUAAAUUAUAAAGAUUAUUUAAUGUAUAUCGGUAUGAUUGGUUCAGAUUUAGAUAUUAAAUAUGGUAAAGAGUAUGAAAUUGAAAAUGGUAUUGGUAUUGAUAAUCCAAACAUUGGUAAUGACUUUAGUGGUAUUAUUACAAGAUUAGGUAAUAAUGUAAAGAAAUUUAAAGUUGGUGAUCAAGUUUGUGGUAUUGGUCCAAAAGCAAGUAGUUCACAUGUUAUUGUAGAUUUCAAUUUUAUUUAUUAUAAACCAUUUAAUUGUAAUCAUUCAGUUUCAGCCUCAAUACCAUCUAUUUAUAUUACAUCAUUACAUAGUAUCUAUAGUAUUGGUAAUUUAAAAUCAAAUGAAUCAAUUUUAAUUCAUUCAGCAGCAGGUGGUAUUGGUAUAUCAUCUUUAGAUUUAUUAAAAAGUAAACAACAUCAAGGUUAUAUAUUUUUAACAGUUGGUUCAAAAGAUAAAGAAGAAUACUUAACAAAGAAAUAUGGAUCAUUAAUUACUGCUAUCUAUUCAUCUCGUAAUAAAAACUAUGUCAAAGAUAUAAAGAAUAAAUUAAUAGAAUUAGGUGAAGUUGAACAACAAGGUGUAGAUUUAAUAUUAAAUACAUUAUCAUCAGAGUAUAUGGAUUCAAAUUUCCAAUGUUUAAAUUUAUCAGGACGUAUCAUUGAUUUAAGUAUCACUCAUCUCACACCAAAUGAUUAUAUGACAAAUAAUCAUUUCAAAUUUAAUAUGACAUAUAGUAAUGUAGAAGUUGUCGAUUUCACUAGUAAAUUAAUCAAAAGUUAUUUAAAGAAAAUUAUCAAAAUGAUUAAUUCAAAUAAAUUAGAGUUAAGUGUACCAAUCAUUGAAUAUUCAAAUAAUCAAUUUAAAGAUGCAAUUGAAUAUAUAAAUCAAAGAAAACAUAUUGGUAAAAUCAUUGUUAAUCAUAAUCAAGAUGAAUUUAAUAGAGUUUAUAAUAAUUAUCAAAGUAAUAACAAUCAUAUCAUAAUGAAACAUUCAUAUGAUAUUUCAAAAUUAAAUAUUGGUAAAAAUAUUUUACUCACUGGUCAAACUGGUAUUGUUUUAGAAAUAUUAAAAUAUUUAAUUAAAUAUUCAAAUCACUCAAUUGAAAAUAUUAUAAUACUUUCAAAAUCAAAAUUAAAAUGGGAAUUAGAAUUAUUAAUUAAUCAAAGCAAAUUUAAAAAAGAUAAUAUUAUCAAAUUCCAUUUCAAUCAAAUCGAUAUUGAAGAUUCAAAUAAAGUUAAUCAAGUAUUAAAUCAAUUAGAAUUAAAUGAAAAUAUUACAAACAUUGAUUCAAUUAUUCACUUUGCAUUUAUGAAUGAUAUUAGUGAUAUUCAACAAGUUGAUAUGAAUCGUUUAAAUAAUACACAUGGUGCUAAAACAAUCGGAGCAAUUAAUCUUCACAAUCAAUCAAUUAAUCGUUCAUGGAAUAUCAAACAAUUUAUAAUGGCAUCAUCAGUAGUUUCAAUAGUUGGAUCAGACCGACAAUGUUGUUAUGUUAGUGCAUGUAAUGUUAUCGAUUCAUUAUCAAAGUAUAGACAUUCAAUUGGAUUACCAUCUUUAGCCAUUAAUUUAGGAGCGAUAUCAUCAACUGGUUUCAUAUCACGUAAUAAUGCAAUUGAAACAAUGUUCAAGAGUUCAAUUUUAAAUUUAUUCUCACCUCAACUCAUUAUUAGUUCAUUAGAUUUAUUCAUUCAAAAUCAACAUCAAUAUCCAAAUUAUUGUAUAUCAGAUUUCAAUUUUGAAAUUUUACCAUCAACUUUAACAAACCAAUACCUUUCAAAAUUUGAUUUUGAAAUUAAUAUUGUUAAAAAAUCAAAUCAAAUGAAAUCUUUCACUGGUGGUAACGGUGAUAGUAAUAAUGAAAUUAUUCGUUCAACAAUUUUAAAUAAAAUCAGUGAAUUAUUAUCAAUUGAUGAAUCUAAAAUCAAUGAAGACCUUCAACUCACACAAUAUGGUAUGGAUAGUUUAGUAAUUGUACAAUUAAAGAAUUUUAUCGAUAAUCAAAUAGGUCAUAAUAUUAUCACAAUUCAACAAUUACAAAAUAAUAAAAUCAAUCAAUCAAUUGAAAUUAUUAAAUCUGCUCAUAACAAAAAUAAUAAUAAUAAUAAUAUUAAUAAUAAUAAUAAUAAUAAUAAUAAUAAUAAUAAUAAUAAUAAUAAUAAUAAUAAUAAUAAUAAUAAUAAUAAUAAUAAUAAUAAUAAUAAUAACAACAAUUUAGUUAAAAAAGAACAACAAUCACUUGAUGAAUUUAUUAAAAAUGAAACUAAAUUAAAUGAAUCAAUCAUUUCAAGACCAUAUUCAAUUAAAAAUAUAUUAAAUAAUAAUAAUAAUAGUAAAUCAAUAUUCUUAACAGGUUCAACAGGAUUCUUGGGUGCAUAUUUAUUAACAGAAUUAAUUAAAAUGAACAAUGUCUCAAAAAUUUAUUGUUUAAUAAGAAAUAAUUCAAAACUAACAAAUCCAAUCGAUGUAAUUAUUAAUAAUUUAAAGAAACAUCAACUAAUAGAUAUGAACGAAGAAUCACCAAAAAGAAAAACAAAAAUAAACGACCAUACAGGCAACAUAUCAAAUGAUAAAUUAUAUGGUAAUUUAAACAGUGAUAAUAGUAGUAAUAAUCAAAUAAAAGAAGAUCAAUUAAUUAAAAUCAUUCCAAUGAUUGGUGAUAUUUCAAAAGAUAAAUUUGGUUUAACUGAACAAGACUAUUUAAAACUUUCAAAUGAAUGUGAUAUUAUUAUAAAUUCAGCAGCAGAUUUAAAUUUAAAGUCAAGCUAUGAAGAAAGUAAAAUUGUAAAUAUUAACAAUGUUAAUCAAAUUAUUAAAUUGUCAAUUUCAAAUAAUAGCUCACAAAAAUUAAUAGUUCAUUUUUCAUCACUUGCAGUAUUCAUUAAUCAUCCUUUUGAAGAUGGAGAGGAUUUUGAAGAAACAAAUAUAGUUCCAAGUUUUAAUUCUACACCAGUUGGAUAUAUUCAAUGUAAAGUUAUUUCAGAGAGAUUAUUAACAAAUGCAGCAGAAUCAAGAGGUAUACCAUCAAUCAUUAUUAGACCACCUGUAUUAACCUUAUAUAAUAUUCCAAUAACUAUUUUCAUUGCUAUUUUAAUUAUAGAUAUAUUCUCAAAUCCAAUAACAGGUAUAGGUCAUUCAAAUGAUUUUAUAUCACUUUUAAUAAAAUCUUCGAAAGAGAUUGGUUAUUAUCCAAAUAUUCAUAAAUCAGUUUUCACAACUCCAGUUACAACUAUAGCUAAAACCACAAUCGAUUUAAUAUUCAAUGAAAACAGUUGGAAUCAAAAUAAAUCAAAACCAAUUUCAAUUUAUAAUUUUAAUGGUGAUUCAAUUGAAAUGAAAUCAUUUUAUAGGGUAUUAGAAAAUAGUUUUAAAUGUAAAGAAAUCGAUUUCUAUGAAUGGAUUGAAUUAGUUUCAAAAUCAAAUGGAAAAUCAUCAAAAAGAUAUUCAACAUUCCACAUUCACAAAAAUCAAAAUUUAUUAAUAACAAGCUCUAAAAUCAAUAGUUUAUUCAAAAUGUCAAAUAGCACAAAAGAAUUAUUAAUUUCAAUUGGUUCAUAUAAUCAUCAAGAUUGGGAAAUUAAUGAAUCAAUCAUUUUAAAUGAUAUUAUUAACAAUCAUUAA